AUGGCUUUGCAGACGAAAUAUUUGGAAGAGCUUAUAAAUGCUAUUCAGUCAGCGAAGGCUUUAUCAACGUCUAAUGGGUAUCUUAACGAAUUCCCACCUAAAUCUCCGUUAGAGGGAGAUCCAAAGUCGGUUAAGGUGGUUAAAACACUUGUUAAAAAGCUUUUGGAAACGGAUACAAGUGAGGAAGUCUUUGGAAAGGCGUGCCAGGCAAUGAAUUUUUUGUUAGAGUCGAAACCUUAUCUUUUAACUAUAUUAAUUGACGGGCAUCAAACAUCACAGCCAGGGAUAAUAUGGAUCUUAGAGAACUUUCGACAAAUUUCCUGUGUGCACUUCUAUAAGGUACAGUACGUGCUGUAUUUACGGCGAAUGGUUGCUCGUUGGUGCCAAAUGUGUGUAGACUUCUACGGCCUAACAUGGCGGGACAUUAUUACGAGUAAGAUAUUUCAAGAUCUUCGAGGACUCGAAGAACAGGUUCUGCAAGUAGUGAAUGGAAAAAUGGAAAUUUCAGCAUACUUGUCUUGUUUGAGGAAUAUAUGUGUUUUAUUAGAGUACUUGUUGGCUAGUGAGUUCAACUUUUUGACAUCACUAUUUAGUAAUACAAAUGGAACUAAUUGGUAUGUCCAGCGGUUAAUCAGGGUACUUAUAUAUACUUUUGACUCAGUACAGCUUCUUAUGAGUGAAUACGAACAGAUCCAAGUGAGGAUACUUGGAGCUGUCGUUAAUGAAUCAGUUAUGAGGGGGAAUCGAUGCCUGGCGACUUUCAAAUUUUCAUUAGAGCUUUUACAGACUUUUGUCAAGUCUGGCUAUAUUAAGAGUGAAUAUACCUAUUGGUCAAAGCUCCUGCUCCGUUUAUACUCACAGAGUCUGCAUGAUGGCUACUGUUUACAAUAUAUGAAGGAUAAUUUAUGUGUCGAUGAUUACGACUGCAUUGAUAUGCGAGUAUUAUCAAACGUUAUGGUCAAGAGCAUACUUUUGGUAAAAUAUGACCUAAAGCGACGCUAUAGUGCAAAAGAUGCUUUAUACUGGGAUCAGAAUUUAAAAUUAUGGCUUUUAGACUCUUGCCAAAACAGCGAUUCCGUUAUUCUCGAACCGUUCACGAACAGUAGGCAACUGGAAAGAUUGAGAAAACUAAUACUCUAUGAAUUCGAUAAUCCGCAGAGAUCACUGCGAGCUGGCCAGAUCAAGUUCUUAAAUGUUGACAUUGAAGAUGAUAAGGCAGCUGUAUUUGCACGGCUAGAAGAGAAGAUAAGUACUGCAAUAAAAGAUUCCGACGCCUCGCAAUUAGUGACUUGUUUGAAGAUAAUUAAGACACUUUCUUGCAUAGAAGCUGCCAAUGCUGGUAUGGGGUUCCACUGUGGAUUAUGUGAACGUACAGAUGUACAGAUUUCAAACGCCGUGAUUAAUCCUUCAAGGCCAGAUGUUUCUAAAUCACUAGCGUUUACGCUUCUAACCAAAUAUUACCUUCCUAAUUACAACCCACAGUCUUCAGGUACUUCUUUGACUAUUGGUAUACUUUUGGCACUGCAGUCUGUCUUCACUCACUUCCAGCCCCCAAAAUUGUUGGAAUCCGAUGCAAUGGGGAUUACAGAUGCAUCCGGUUGUAUGCACUUAUUCCAAUCCUCUUUUAUUAAUGUGAAUAGAAGCAUACGGAUGUUAAGCAUAAGAUUGAUACCACUUUGGAAUAUUACAGCCCUCCAUAAUUCCGAUGAUCAACAAACAGCAUUAUUUAUUAAGUUAUUACAAGCUGAUUAUCAGCCGUACACUACAGAGACAAAUUUAAUGGGAUGGACUCAAUUAGCAUUGAGCACUACAGGCGAACUUUUUGACUUUCUACUACUAAAAUUGAUAGACAUUUUCAACUCUUCCAACUUUGUUGAACACACUUUAAUGGCAUCGCAACUUAGGUUUAUCGCGCGAACAUUAAACAAGACACCAUAUCAACUUUUGUCACCUAUUUUACCUAUUCUACUUAAACAGUUGGGCAAAAAUUUAUUUGAAAAGAAGUUAAGUUUGGAACGUUUACUUAUCCUUGUUGAGUAUCCUGGGAAAACGGUUCUUGAAAACUUUCAGACGUAUAUUGUACCAUAUGCUAUAACUCAAUAUAAGGGCGAUGUUCUUACCGAAAUUGCUAAGAUUAUGUGCGAUAAUGAUACUACUCUCAUUGUUGAACAAAAAAAGAGACUACUGGAUAGAAAUAGCAGGCAAAUAUUUGCAGCCGUUUUGGUUAAACAUGGUCUUUUUUCUUUGGAAACCAUUGAAACUUUAUUUAUUAACCAUGAUCCUACAUUCAACAAAAAUCUUGUAGCAGGAUACCUCCCAGACUAUAAAACCCUUGCAGAGGUACUAAAGUUAUACAAUGCAACCGAAACACUAGAGGAAGCAGUAAGUGAGAACGAAAAGUCAGUUUUAAGUUCACUUAGAUUUCUUUUCCUCACUAACUUUGCGAUUGACCGACACCGUGGGACAAAGUUUAAGAAUAUAAAGGACUGGUCGGAUGACAAAGAAGUGAUUUUUCAAAAAAAGUUAAAGGAUAACAUAUUGGGUAUCUUUCAAGUGUUUUCUAGCGAUAUGCAUGAUAUUGAAGGCCGAACAACAUAUUAUGAGAAAUUAAGAGUUAUUAGCGGCAUCUCAUUCUUAAUAAAAUAUGCUUCCAAAGAAAGCAUAAUCUCGGCUUUAGCCCAAGUCAGUAUCUGUCUACAGACAGGUUUAGAGAUUCCCGAGAUCAGAUAUAACACAAUGAAAUGUUGGGGGCAAUUAGUGAAGUGCUUAUCAGAAGAACAAAUUAUUACCGUAAGUGAUGUAUUACUUUGUUACAUUUUACAAACAUACGAUAAAUUUAAUGAUAAAGUAAAACAAGCUGCUUUAGAAGUAUUGGAUAUAUUCUUACUUGAAAAACAGAAAUUAAUAACCACUUCUAGACCAUAUAUUAUUUUAGCGUUGUUAAACAAACCUGAGUUGAGUUUGUUUGAAAAACAUGGAACACUUGCGAGAAUAGCAACCAAAGUAGUAAAUACUACUAACUGGGUGUCAGUUUUUGUUGAAAACCUGAAGAGUUACAAUGUUUACGUUAUAAAACAAACUCUCCUAGACAUAAAGCUAUUUUUUCAAAGCAAAGGUAAUUCAACUCUAGAUUUCAACAUGGUUUCAAAGUCAUCAACUGUUAUUGUUACACUUUUGGGCUCUUUAUUAGAUACCUCUCAUAAAUUCAGGAACACUGAUAUAGAAAUAUGCCAAGCUUGUGCGCUAUGUAUUAGUAUGAUUGGGGUUUUAGAUGUUACCAAGUAUGAAUUCAAAAGAGAUGCCAUUAAUGAUAAUGAUGUAUGUGAUUUCAGCAACCAAAUCCAAACCACUAAAUUUCUGAUAAACAUAAUCAAUGAUCGUCUAGUGCCCGCUUUUUGGCAGAGUGAGAAUCCUACAAAGCAGUUGUUUGUUGCACUGGUAAUUCAAGAGUCAUUGAAAUAUUGUGGUUUAAGUUCCUCUUCAUGGGAUGUAACGAAACCUGACUUAUAUCCAAACCAAGCAAAGCUAUGGGAUAGGUUUAAUGAAAUUUCCAAGACUACUUUAUAUCCCCUUUUAUCAUCUCUUUACCUUGCGCAAUCUUGGAAAGAAUAUGUUCCACUCAAGUAUCCAUCCUUUAAUGUUAAAGAUGGCUAUUCAUCCUGGAUUAAAAAUUUAACCUUGGAUUUACUUAAAACUGCUACAAGUUCUAGUCAUCCGCUUCAUGUAUUUUCUUCGCUCAUCAGGGAGGAUGAUGGAACACUAUCAGAUUAUUUACUAUGCUACAUUGUUAUGGAUAUGGUUAUAAAAGCUGAUGAUGAAAUAUAUUCAUCGAGUCUUGAUAACAUUAUAACGGAAUUUGAAUACAUAUUCAAUUAUACGUUAUAUGACUUGAACCAUUUUCAGAUUGACGCCCUAAAAAUGGCUUAUGACUCCAUAUUCAGGGUUUUUGAAUAUUGUAAAAAGUGGGUUAAUCAAUUUAAGCAAAAUUAUUGUCGCCAGCAUGGUUCUUAUAUCAUUCGUGAAGAAAAACAUUUAAGAAUGUUAAAAAGGGCUGAAAAGCUAGUGAACGUUAUCCCGUCUCAUCUUUUAGCACAAAGAUCAUUGGAGACAAAUUCUUUUGAACGUUCCGCAUUAUAUUUAGAGCAAAGCUAUCGAGAGCAAACCCAGGAUGAAAGUAACGCUGAAAAAUUACUGUCAUAUCUAAAAACAACUUAUGCCGAAAUUGGAGAUAUUGAUUCAGUUGUAGGUGUCCUUAAGGUAUUCUCCACGGAUAGUUUAACAUCUAAGAUUGAAGAAUUACAAUACUCGGAUAAUUGGAAGAUGGCGCAAGACUGUUUUGAAGCAUUAGGUGAAAUUACAAUUGAUGAUGUAAAAGGAUUAGAGGAUAAAUCAGAAGCCACAAUGAAGAUGCUAAGAUCUAUGUAUGACCAUCAGCUGUACGAUCAAACCCUUCAAAAAUUGGAUCUACUGAUGCCACAUAGCACGAGCAAGUUAAACUCAAAGUUAGAUGAUAUUUAUAAUAUGGGAGCUGAGACCGCAGCUCUAUCUGGCAAUAUGGCUACCCUUAAAAAGUUGGUUCACAAGAUUGAACAACUUGAGGAAUUAAGUGAUCCAAGUAUCUUACUGCACUAUAAUUUGGCGAAACUGCUGCUAGCGGUUGCCAAUAAAAAUUCUGAUGGCAUUCAGAUGUAUGCUAAUUACUGUUAUCGAUUAAUUGGGUCACAUUUUACUACUCCAUCUCAUAGUACAACUUUAUUGAAAGGUAGAAACAUAUUAAUGAAGUUACACGCAAUUCGUGAUAUCAUUUUAUUGUCUUCUUCUAAAUCUGAAAAUCAAUAUCUCCAAUCAGUAAGGAAUUUAGACCUCAGAUUGAGGAAUGUAGGCAGUGAUUUUGAACCUAAUUAUUAUAUCCUCUCGUUGAGAAAGAGCUAUGGUUUACUUCAAUGCGAUGAUGGUCGAAAGUCCGAUCUCGCGGAAUCAUACCUGAGAAUGUCACAGAUAGCCAGAACAAAUGAUAGGGUUGAUAUUGCGAGUGAUUGUUUAAUGCAUGCCCUAAGUCUCGGUCAUCCAUCAGCAGAGCUAGAAUAUGCUGAAAUCCUUUGGAAGCAGGGAGAAAAUGAAUUAGCACUAAAAACUGUUGCCGAAAUCCAUCGGAAAUCUAAAAACAGUAAGGCUUUUGGUAACAGAGAUCGCGCUAAAGUAUUACUGAAAUAUACUGGUUGGUUGGAUUUAUCCAAUAAUGCCACUUCGGUUCAAGUGUCACAGCAGUUCAAGGAAGUUAUAAACAUAGAUAAGGAAUGGGAUGAGCCAUAUUAUUCAUUUGGACUUUAUUAUAGCAGGCUAUUAGAAAAGAAAAAAGCUGAUGGAUAUAUUACUAAUGGCUCUUUGGAGUAUAAGGCAGUGACAUAUUUCCUUAUCUCAUUUGAGAAGAACUCCGCAAAAGUUCGAGAAGCACUUCCUAAAGUGAUAACAUUUUGGCUAGAUACAGCUAGCCUAGCUGUUACUAGUCCGUCUCAGGAUAAUUACAAGCGCUAUGCUAAAGAAAUCUGCAAAUGUGUUGAUGUAGCAGUACAAAGGUGCCCAACUCAUAUAUGGUACUCAGUGUUAACCCAAUUACUUUCAAGGUUGCUACACAAUCACACAGAAUCCGCAACCCUGAUGAUAACCAUUUUGAUGAAAUUAACUAUGGAGUAUCCAUCUAUUAUGCUGUGGUAUAUGGUUGCCUUGUUGAACUCACAAGAGAGUAAACGGGUUAACUGUGGCCAGCAUAUAAUUGGCUCAGUUAAAAAGCAUAUCCCAGAAACUAUUCAGCUAAUAUCUUCCGCAACACUUUUAGUCCAAGCAUUGACCAAAGUUUGCCUUAAGGAGGUAAAAGGUGUUUCCAGUAGAAGUGGUCGGCUCCUAAAAAAUGACUUUAAGUUUGAUAUGACAUUAGCUCCCUCUGACUUGGUUGUACCAGUCAAUAUAAAUUUGACGUUAUUGGUACCUAAUACCAGUAAAGAACAAAGGACAUCAAACAAAACAUCUGUAACUAUUAGUUGCUUUACUCCUCAGUAUAAGGUGUUUUCGUCACUCAAAAAGCCGAAGAAAAUCAAUAUUAUUGGAUCUGAUGGAAAUGUGUACGGGAUAAUGUGCAAGAAGGAAGAUGUUCGCCAAGAUAAUCAGUAUAUGCAAUUUGCUAAUACUAUGGGGUUCUUACUUGAAAAAGAUCCUCAUUCGAGAAAGAGAAACCUUAACAUCACCACGUAUGCUGUGUUAUCUUUGAGAGAGGAUUGUGGCCUAAUUGAAAUUGUCCCCAAUGUUGACACUAUUCGUUCAAUACUUAUGGCGAAAUAUGAUAGCAUGAAGGUUAAGUAUAGUUUAUCUGCAUUAUAUGAAAAGUGGAAAGCUCUUUCAGAAGAUCAAAGGUUGGGAUUUUAUAAAAACAGCAUGUCUACCUUCUCCCCUGUAUUAUAUCAAUGGUUUCUCGAGAUAUUUCCCAAUCCAAUCCUGUGGUAUAGUGCUAGGAAUUUUUUUGUUAGAUCAUAUGCGGUUAUGGCCAUGGUUGGUCAUAUUUUAGGUCUAGGAGAUAGACAUUUGGAAAAUAUACUACUUGAUUUGCAAACUGGUAAGGUACUCCACGUAGAUUUCGAUUGUAUAUUUGAAAAAGGCAAGUGUCUUCCUGUUCCAGAAAUUGUUCCUUUUCGUUUAACUCAAAAUAUCGUUGACGCGUUUGGUGUCACUGGCACAGAGGGUACAUUUAAAAAAUCAAGUGAAGUAACAGUUCGAGUAAUGAGAAAUAAUGAAAUUGCACUAGUAAACAUCAUUGAAACCAUAAUGUAUGAUAGAAAUAUGGACCAUAGUAUCCAAAAUGCAUUGAAAGUACUGAGAAAUAAAAUUCGUGGAAUAGAUCCCAGAGAUAACCUUGCCCUAAGUGUUCCUGGUCAAGUUGAAACUGUUGUUCAACAAGCAACUAGUGAAGAAAACCUUUCACAAAUGUAUAUUGGUUGGUUACCUUUUUGGUAA